UAUCGGAGCAUAAGUAAGACCAAACACCCCGCACCGUCACACCGAAACACACCACUCGAGUCCAUAGUCCCCAUUCUCCAGCGGAGGAGGAGUCGAAGAGAGCGACGCGGGAGCCAUGUCGACCGGUGGCGCAGAGUCUGCGGCGGCGGAGGCGAUGGCCUCGGAGGCGUACCUGGCGGGCGACGCUGUGAGGGAGGCGCGGGAGCUGGUGGCGGAGCUCUGCCGCCACUUCUACCUGCAGGGGUGGGUCACAGGCACCGGCGGCAGCAUCACCGUCAAGGCCAACGACCCCGCCGUGCCCCUCGCGCAGCAGCUCAUCGUCAUGUCCCCGUCCGGCGUGCAGAAGGAGAGGAUGGUGGCAGAGGACAUGUACGUGAUGUCAGCAGAGGGCAAGGUGAUAUCUGCACCAGUAGCAAAGCCAUGGCCACACAAGCAUCCAAAGUGUUCAGACUGUGCACCUCUGUUCAUGAAGUCUUAUCUAAUGCGAGGAGCUGGAGCUGUGAUUCAUAGCCAUGGCAUGGAGACUUGCAUAGCAACAAUGAUCAAUCCUGGUGCAAAGGAGUUCAGGAUGACACAUAUGGAAAUGAUUAAAGGAAUCAAAGGUCAUGGGUACACCGAUGAAUUGGUGAUUCCCAUAAUUGAAAAUACUCCUUAUGAGUAUGAGCUCACAGACUCUCUAGCUGAAGCGAUCACAGCAUACCCUAAGGCAACUGCUGUCCUGGUACGGAACCACGGAAUUUAUGUGUGGGGUGACUCGUGGAUCAAUGCCAAGACACAGGCUGAAUGCUAUCAUUAUCUUUUUGAUGCUGCCAUCAAGAUGUAUCAGUUAGGGCUUGACUGGACAACUCCUGAGCAUGGUCCAAUAAACAGUGCCAAAAGAUUGCGUAGUGUUGCAAGUCCUGGGGUUCCUAAUGGAUGUCAUACAACUAAAUCAUCGAAGCAUUGUGUUCUACUUGACAUCGAAGGAACAACAACGCCAAUAUCAUUUGUGACUGAUGUUAUGUUUCCUUAUGCCCGUGAUAAUGUGCGGAAGCAUCUGAAUUCUACAUACGAUUCCGAUGAAACCAAAGAAGACAUCAAACUUUUACGCAUCCAAGUCGAAGAAGACCUGAGAACCGGAGUUGCUGGGGCUGCUCCAGUUGCAACGGAUGAUGCUGGCAAAGAAGAGGUUAUCAGUUCUUUAGUCGCUAAUGUUGAAGCAAUGAUCAAAGCAGACCGGAAGAUUACAUCAUUGAAACAACUUCAGGGUCAUAUAUGGAGGACUGGGUUUGAAAGGAAAGAACUGCAAGGAGUUGUUUUUGAGGAUGUCCCUGAGGCACUGAAGAACUGGCAAUCUCAGGGUAUGAAGGUUUACAUAUACUCAAGUGGCAGUAGAGAGGCACAGAGGCUACUAUUUGGACACACAUCCUAUGGUGAUCUGCGACAAUUUCUGUGUGGUUUUUUCGACACCACAACCGGAAACAAAAGAGAAGCAAGGAGUUAUUUUGAGAUCUCGCAAUCACUAGGGGUGGACAAUCCGUCUCAAAUCUUAUUCAUCACAGAUGUGUUCCAAGAAGCCGUUGCUGCAAAGAGUGCAGGUUUCGAGGUAAUAAUCUCCAUUCGCCCGGGGAAUGCACCUCUUCCAGUGAAUCAUGGUUUCCGGACUGUUAGUUCCUUCAGUGAGAUCUGACAAGUGUUCAAGAAACGAACAUGCCAGAGAAUCACUAUUGGGUGUAUAACAUGACAGUGCUUCGUGCCGCCCCUGGAUCAAGUUCUUGUAAUAGUAGUAGUAUGGAGUCUUUACUAGGCAUCGGAUUGCAAUAAAACAAGGGUGGCACAAUAAAAGAGGGAAGAAUUUGCAAGCAAAAGAGAAUGCUCUGAAGAGUGUACGAGUCUGUUCCUGUAAUCCCGUCUAUAUAAAUGUACUUUGGGCUUUCUGGGAAA